ACUGUAGAUAGUCCAGCCGUAGGCAUAGUCAAAGUGAGAAAGGCAGAUUGUUCUCAUGGUGAGGAUGAAUUUAAUCUAACGGUGAUCCCUUAGAAAUAUUAGGCUGAAGGAAACAGGUGUAUAAGCAUUAGGUAUAGUGAAAGCAAGCAGGUACUCCAAGAUCUUAAAGGCCAAACAUCUAAUGGGAAUGUCUCAUGGAGAACUAUUAUUGGGCUUUCUUCUGCUCAGCUCUGCAUUAACCCUACCAGUUGUCCACCUUGAAGGCAUCACCUGUGCAUUGUAUGAGAACUCCUCUUCCAGUGUCAGCUUCCCUGUAUCCAACUUUGGGGAGCUACAGGAACCUGGAAAGAUAUACUGUAAGGAGAGCAACUGCUGUGUGGGUUUAUGGAGUCUGUUCAGUGGGGAACUUCAGCCACUCAUAUUAGGCUGCUAUCCAAAAAAUGCUGUGUGCAGAUCCGCACUCUGCAACCCUGUGAGAAUCCAGUCUCAGUAUCACUGCUUUUGUUCAUCAGACAAUUGCAAUGCAAACAUUACCCUUCCCCAACAACCCAUCUCCCCCGCACAAGCUGAACUGGAGGGAUGUGCUCAUUGGAACGUCUCCUGUGAUUGGAUGGAAGCUGCGAGGGAGCAACCCAGGAAUGCCAGCAGCUUCAGUGAUUAUACUUAUGUUUAUGUGGCCACCAUCUUCCUGAUUCUGUGUGUUCUGUGUGUGAUCAUUAUAGUUCUAAGAAAACGAAUACACACAGACCUGUUCAUCAGAAGAAGGGGGGAGGAACAGGAGCUGCAAACUGUUAUCAAAGAAGAAAGGAAUACACCCCCAACAACACAAGUGGAUGGGCUCACCAUACUCCAGGCGCUCAAAGAGGAUAGUUUGUCAGUACAAUUAAGUCUUGGAAAUUUUCAUGGGAGAAACGUGGUCAUAAAGUGCUUCCCGCCAGCCCUACGAGAGCAGUACAAACAAGAAUACAGGAUCCUCAGUCUCUUGACUUCUCUUCAUCACAAGAACAUAGUAUGUCUCAUUAAGGCAGGUUCUUCUAGCUUCCUAAAAGAACAUUAUCUUCUGGUACUGCAGCAUUAUCCUAGAGGCUCUCUCAGGAGUUACUUGAUACAUUGUACCACUAACUGGACCACAGCAUGCCAAAUGGCAACAUCCCUUGCCAAAGGACUGGCAUUCCUACAUGCAGACAUAUGGAAAGAAGAUGUGUACAAACCACCAAUUGCCCAUCGAGAUCUCAGCAGUGAAAACAUCCUGGUAACUGCUGAUUCCUUGUGUGUAAUCUCAGACUUUGGUCUUUCGGUUGUAUUGGAGGGACAAAAGAUAAUGAAAAGAAACACUGAGGACCCAGCUAUAAGUAUGACAGGUACGCUGAGAUAUAUGUCCCCAGAGAUGUUGGAUGGAUCCUUGAAUCUUGUGUUAUGGGAGCUGGCUCUGACUCAGGCUGAUGUCUAUUCACUUGGACUAUUACUAUGGGAAAUAUUCAGUCGAUGUUAUGACUUAUAUGCAGAUCAAUGUGCACCUGAGUUCCAAGUGGUGUUCCUUGAAGAACUGGGUCCAAAUCCUACUCUUCAUGAGCUGCAGUCAUUGAUAGUUGAAAAUAAAAGACGGCCACAGCUUCCCAAAUCCUGGGGCAAUAAUAUCAAGCUUGUUGGAGCCCUCUGGGAGACUCUGGAAGAUUGCUGGGAUCCUGAUUCCGAGGCCCGUCUAACAGCGCAGUGUGCAGAAGAGAGACUGAGCAACCUCUGUAACCCACAGUGCUGAGGCCCAGCAACUCAUACUGGGUGGCUUUAAAUGUGCAGCUGUAGUGAGGCAAUGUUGUAUAUGUCAUUACUGAUAAGACAUUAUGGAUAUAUUAAUUGUCAAUAUUUACCUUAAAACACAAUUAAUACAAGAACUUUUGACAAAUAUAUUUUUUUUUUUAUAGUUUUUGUUGCAGUUGGCAGUUAACUCUUAACUUUUGGCUUGUGGAUGUUCUAGCUGGUGGGUACAGGUUGCACUUUCAAACAAUAAUUUUGCACAAUAUAGGAGCAUUACAGUACAUUUGUAAUGUGCUGACAAACACCGGUGAAUUGCCCCAUGUGGCAUAAGCCUUAGCAUCAGAUACAGUGUAUUUACUUAUUAUUUACAGAAUAGCAACUGCAAUACCCAAAGGCCAUCGCAUUGCUUCGUUUAUCCGAAGUAGUGUGGUUUCCUCCUGCAGGCAGGCGUCUUUGCGCGACUUCAGGAAUAACGAAGCAAUGCAAUAGCCUUUCCCCCCACAACUCCUAUUGUUGCUGGUGGAAAGCACAGCACAGCUUAUAAAGAGUAAAUAAUGAUGCAAUCCCUUAAUGUUUAUCAGGGAUAAAAAAUAAAUGCUGUCAUACAGCAAACCUGUCCUGUAAAUAGCCAGAUAGUGCCCAUGGUAAACAAAAGAAAACAGCUUUCUUGAUCACGGAAGACUGAUGUGUUUCCGACUCAUUACACAAGCAGCUUGGUAAAAAAUAGUAGAUGUUUGUUUUGAUCAGUUUAAGGGGUGGUACACUUUUAGGUCAAAGACAGAAGGAGAGAUUAGUCGCUGUGAUUUUAAAAACCCAGUUGAUUCGACUCGCGGUGACUAAUCUCCGUGCACAUGUAUACAAGAUGCCGCAUUCGAAAUGUACUGUGCGUGACAAGUUGGCGCAACUUUUGCGGCAGGCGAUUAGUUGGUGUGAUUUUAUUGUUAUUGCAACCUAUUUAUUACUUGUUAUUACUCAUCUUUCUAUGCAAGCCAACUUCAUCCAGCUUUGGAAAGCCAGAGUGAUGUGUAGGCCUUUCCAAAGGCGACUACUAUUGCUGUUAGUGGAAAGGCAUUUCUGAGCAGUUUGUUGCCCACAGUAGCAGAGAUCUAUCGAUUUUAAUAACAAAAUGGUACCGGUGAACAGUAUGGUAAACUCUUCUUUUUAGUUUUUCAGCUACAUCAAAGGUGAUUUUGUAUAAUAUAUAUAAUCCUAUGCAAUUUCCAAUAUACAUUCAUUAAAGUUCAUUAAAGUGUUAA